UAAAAAAGAAAAAGGGUUUUUGAUAUCUGUGCAAAAACACAUUCAUUUCACUGAUCAAAAUCCAUCAUUCUAUCUGAUCCAAAGUUCCAAAUUCUUUGGUUUUGUUAACUGAUAAAUUAUUAUUAUUUAUUUUAUUUAUAUAUUUUAAAAGAAUGUUUUCAUGUUUCAAUGCCUUUUCCAUCUGAAUUUAAUGACAUCAUUCACUGCAAUUUAUUCUCAAAGCACUAAGCUUUCUCAAACGGUGGCUCUUGUCCUUUCUAAACAAAGUUGAUUGGGUUUCUAUAAAAAAAUAGAUGUAGAAUGCCCAUGUGGUAUUUGAUAAAAGGACUAUGAAGAAGAGUUGGUUCAGCCUUGUGAAGAGGCUCUUCAUAUGGGACUCAAAUUCCACACAAGACAAGAACAAGGAGAAGAGAAGGAGAUGGGUAUUUGGAAGGGUAAAGAAGAAGAGGUUGCCUUCAAUUGCAGCCCCACCACCACCACCACCACCACCACCAACAACAACAGCAACACUUGUGAGUGAAGCAGAGGAAGAAGAGAGCAAGAAACAUGCUUUAACAGUGGCCAUUGCCUCAGCUGCUGCUGCUGCUGAGGUUGUAAGGCUCACUGGGGUCCCACAAUCUUCCCACAAACCUAAACAUAAUUCAGAAGAAUCUGAUGAAACUAGGGAUGUUGCUUCUCAUUCCAUAAGCCAGUGCCAGAGGAAUAAUAUCAAAGAAUUUGCAGCCAUCAAAAUUCAAACUGCAUUUAGGGGUUACUUGGCUAAGAAAGCUUUGAGAGCAUUAAAGGGAAUAGUAAAGCUUCAAGCCAUAAUUCGUGGCCGAGCAGUAAGGCGCCAAGCCAUGAGUACUUUGAAGUGCUUGCAAUCCAUUGUGAGUAUCCAGUCACAGGUCUGUGCAAGGAGACUCAAAAUGGUUGAAGGAAGCUGGGAUUAUUGCACUGAAAAUGAAGAGAUGCAUGAUUCAAAAGACAAGAUAAUAAGGAUGGACUCAAACAGUGAAAGAAAGUGGAGUGACAGCACCUUAUUGAAGGAAGAGGUAGAUGCCUCUUGCAUAAUCAAGAAAGAAGCAGUUCAUAAGAGAGAAAGAAUAAAAGAAUACUCAUUUAAUCACAGAAGGUCAGCAGAAUCAGAAAGAAGUAAAGUGAAUGGAAGAUGGAGGUACUGGCUGGAACAAUGGGUGGAUACACAGCUUUCAAAGAGCAAAGAGCUUGAAGAUUUAGACUCAGUUUACAGCUCAAAUUCAAGAGGUGGUGAAGAAUAUUAUGGAGGAAGACAACUUAAGCUGAGAAACAUGCAUAGACAACAAAGUCCAUUUGAAGGUUUAGAUUCUCCAAUAGUUUCUUCAAGAAAAGCUUUUACUCAUAGGAAGCAGUGUUCAGUGGGAGAAAACCAAUCAUUCUCAAGCUCUUCUCCGGCGACUCCGGCAUACAUGGCUGCAACAGAAUCAGCAAGAGCAAAAGCAAGAUCAACAAGCUCCCCAAGAGUAAGGACAGGUCAUUUGGACAGUGAUAGUAGCUAUUCACCAUGCAAGAAGAAGCUAUCUGUUGUGUCUAAUGUUAACAGUGAAGUGCUUAGUAAUAAUGGUAGAAAUGGCAACAAGUUUGGUGGUUGUAAUCAACAAAGGUCACCAAGCUUUAAGGGACUUCCAUUGCCUAUAAAAUCAAGCAGGACUAUCAUAAAGGAUCUCAGCAUUAAUUCAGAUUGCUCACUGCCCAAUUGGGAUAAUAGACAAAGUUCGUUUAAAUGAUGAAAGCUUUGCUUGAAUUUAACAUAGUUCCUUGUAACAUGAGAGUGGAGUUUCAAGUGCCAAAAAAAAGAAAAGAAAAAGGAAAACUGCUGUGUGUGAUGUAUAUGUGUUUGGAUGUUAUUUUGGUUGAGAAUUGAACAUUAAUGAGACACAAAA